GACCGUGCCCACAGUGUGCCUGGCAGAUGGGGCACCCCUUUCUCGUAGCCUGUAAGAGCAGAGAAAACCUUUCAGAGCUACAGGACAAGUGAUAUUUUUGGCUCAGCUCACAGAUCGAUUCCUGCCCUCUCCUUUCCCUGCCACUUGCAGGAAGGACUCCCCAAGUGAGGAUGUAGAGAGCAGCUUUUAAAGAAGUGGAGCAGGGUGCUGCAGCCUCCCAUGCACCAGGGCUCUACAAAACAGAAGAAAACAGCACCUGAAAUGAUCGUGAAGGAAUGAUGAUCUGUUAAUUUUGCAAACAAAGCAUGAUGUACCCAACAUGCAAGUGAUUACACAUGGAAACAAGUUACACAUCGAUAAGCACAGCCUUAAGUCCUGCCUUACACAAUGGGGAUCCCUAUCUGCCUGCUAAAAACCAAAGCCAUUAUCAGCUUUAUCUCAAGUGACACAUGAGAUGACCAUGCUGAUCACGGUAUCAUCCUCCAUCCAGCCCACUCCCAUCCGCCACCAUGCAUCUCCCCCUCCCACCCUCCCAAAGCCCAAGAAGGACAACCUGCGGCUCCAGCAGCUGCUGAAGAAGGCUGCCAAGAAGAAUGCCAUGCUAGCAGCAGAGCAAGCUAAGUCUUUCCGAUCCAACCUCUCCCCAGUGAACGAGGCCAGCUCUGACCUAGAACACAGUGAGAAUGUUCCCCCAGCAGAGACCCCCAAAGCAGUAGCACCUGGCUCCACCAGCCUCCCAGUGCACCUCUCCAUCAAGCCUAUCACACACCAUCGUGUGCCCUCCCCUUUCCGCAAGAGCAAGCCCUUUGUGUUGAAGGUCACUGAGCAGAGACGCAUUGCUGAGCACCUCAGGCUCACCACCCCCACAGCUGAGUCCCCACUGCAUGAGCCAGGUGCUCCCAAGGCUCCCCAGAAGCUUGAAGGCACAGAUGCACACCUUCCCUCUGCACACAACACUUCAGUACUUAUUUCCCCCCAUCCUCCUCUUUCCAGCACACCCAGCAAGGAAGGGACAUCAGAGGCUACCUACAUCACCAAGGUGCACACUUAUUUCCGCAGCGUCAAGGCACCGAGAACCAAGACACCAACAUCAUAUCAGACCCAAGCAACAUCCAGCCAUGAAGACAAAAGGCUUUCUUCUCCAUCACCUGAAACAAGUGGCUCUGAACCAUUCCCAGGGCAGACAUCUGCCCCCCUUGACAGCAGCAAGGCACCACCUCCUACACUGCAGCCUGCUCUCCCUCCUGCUGCAAAGGCAGAGAUUCCUAACCAAGCUCCCAGGCCCACCUCUCCUGAAGAGACUAGCAAUGACCCUUCACCCAAGCCUAGCACCCCUGAUGUCCACUCCUGUAAAGUUACAGCCCACGGAAGUGAAGCAGAAAUAUUCAGAUCAGAGAAAGCUCCUGAAUUGCACAGACAAGAUGGUGAUAUGCUUAAACCAUUGACACCCAGCACAACUUGGAAGCCAGAACACCCUGAAACAGCAAGCCCUGCACAAGCUGGGCCUACCCCCAAUGACAUGAAGGUGGAACACACUGUGCAACCUCAGCCAACUCCCAGCUUGCCGAACACCAGCCCUCCUCUCAAAGCCAAGCCAACACCAGUGGAAGACUCGAGGCCUUUGGGAGCCAAGGGCAGUGGCUGGCAUCGUCUCAGGAAGCACCUGAUAUUGCAGCCAGAAGCACCCAGCUUCCCUGAGCUUGAAGCAGAAAAACAAAGACAGGAGGAAGGGAACAAGGAAAAGGACAGCUCUCUAAGCAUCAGUCAAGACAACAGACCAUUUAAAUCUAGAGCCAUGAAGAUGUGGGACGCCAUUUUAUACCAGAUGACAGUCAACAAGGAGAGGAAACAGCAAGCAGAAGAGAAGAAAGCACAGAAGGAAGAAGGCUUCUUUCUUCCCCGCCGUUUACCCAUCUUUCUCUAUAAGCCGCGUUUCGAUGCCCGGAAACUGAGAGAGCUGGCUGCCAAACCCAUGUCAAAGAUCACCACUGUGUUUGAGGUAGGCCGGUAUGGAUCCAGGACAGACAAGGAACACGCCAAGAGCUUUAACAGAACAGCAUCAGGAUGGUCAGUCAACUGACGCCAAGUUACUCCAGGAGACCUACCACUCCAGAGUGUCCUACAGGGACAUGCAAGAGAGCAUCUGCUAUUAGGUAGUCUGCCUGGCAGAGACAAGUGUAAGGAAAAAAUAAAAUAAAAGUAAACCACCUCCAA